CGUUGCCUAACUGAGCUUGUUGCUGGUUUGUUGUUAUACUGUAAAUCAAAACUAAAAUAACUCUCUCUCUUUCUCUCUCUUUCUCUCUGAGUGCAGCAUAUACACAAAAGGAAGGACAGGAGCAGAAAUGGAGACGUUGUGGCGGCUACUGCUGCUGGUGGUUUUAACAGUGGGAGGCGUGGCGGCAGCGGAUCCCGCCCAGCGGCCACACCAGAUCAUCUCCUUCAACUUCGGAGGUCACCCUCUCGGGAACCAGUUCGGAGGUUACAACCCCGCCCAGCUCACGCCAAGCCUGCCCGGCAGCCUGCCCGGCAGCCUGCCCAGCGUGGGGCUCCCCUCCCAGGGGUACGCUAGCCACGCCGCCCCCGCCUCCACGCAGGUCAUCCACAAGAGUGGGAGUGACGACGCCGACGACCACCAGCUCCCGUCCCCUAUAAGUGCCGUAACUGCCACCUCUAUCAACACUCACUCUAGCCCCGCCCCGGCCCCUCACGCCACCACCGCCUCACCACAGUUCGCUAUCAAUACCGACGACGGGGCUGACGACGCCAACGACCAAGUGCUGCUUCUACCUGCAGGCCCAACGACUCCCUCCCCGUACAGCUACCCUACCCCCGCCCAGCCCCUGCACCACGCCCCCGCCCAGUCCCUGCACCACGCCGCCCCCGCCUCCACACAGAUCAUUAUAAAGGAUGACGGUGGGGAUGACGGCGGGGCAGACGACGCUGACGACCAGUUGUUUUUCACAGCUGGCGUAACGACCCCGGCCCCAUACCACUACCCCACCCCCGCCCAGGCCCUGCAUCACGGCGUCCUGGCCAAUAACCACCUCGCCCCUGUCCAGCCCCUGCACCACAUCGCCCCUGUCUCCACCCAGGACGACCACGGCACUGAUGACAUCGAUGACCAAGCCUUGAGUCUGCCCGGCGGCCCAACCACUCUGUCCCCGUACAACUACCUCACCCCCGCCCAGCCCCUGCACCAUGCCCCUGUCCAGCCCCUCCACGCCGCCACCCAGAGCACACAGGAUGACCUCGGAGAUGACGACGCCGACGAUCAGGUGUUACUUCUCCCUGGGAUUGUUGUUACUCCCUCCCCUGCAUAUAACUACCCUACUCCUGCCCACUCUGUCCAGCCCCAUUUCCAGUCCUUCCACCACGCCGCCCCCGCCUCCACGCAGGUCAUCAUAAAGGGUGACCACGGGGAUGAUGAUGACGACGACCAGGCAUCGUUUUUCCCAAGGUUCACAUACAGCUACCCUACUCCUGCCCAGCCCCUUCAGCCCCCUGUCCAGGCCCUGCACCACGCCGCCCCUGCCUCCACACAGGUGAACAUACAGGAUGAUGGGGCUGAUGAUGCCGACGAUCACGUGUUGCUUCAUGCAGGCAACUCAGGAACCUCCUCCCUGACGUACCACAACCCCACCGCGAUCCCUGCUUUCCACCACGCAACCCCAGCCUCUCCCGCCCCGCACCAGCAGACCCUCACUUCUCAACACAAUGAUGACAAACCAAGUGGCCACGUUCAGAGCCUUGCUGGCGGCGUAGCAGUCACUCCUAACCCCAUCGACUUCCAUGCUUUUCCACUCUCUUCACAGACCCUUAUUCAAAGCCAGCAAGGGAUAACACAGCAACAGCAACAGCCGCUACAGGUACACCAACUGCUACAGCAACAACAGCAGCAGGUCCAUCAACUGAUCCAACAACAACAAAACGAGCAGCAAAUACAUCAGCAGCUCCAACAACAACAAAACGAGCAGCAAAUACAUCAACAGCUCCAACAACAGCAACAGCAGCAGCAGGUACAUCAGUUAGUCCAACAACAACAAAACGAGCAGCAAAUACAUCAGCAGCUCCAACAACAACAAAACGAGCAGCAAAUACACCAACUGCUUCAACAACAGCAGCAGCAGCAGCAGGUACAUCAACUGCUACAGCAACAACAAAAGGAGCAGCAGAUACAUCAGCAGCUCCAACAACAACAAAACGAGCAGCAGAUACACCAAUUGCUUCAACAACAGCAGCAACAGCAGCAGGUACAUCAACUGCUACAGCAACAACAAAAAGAGCAACAGAUACAACUGCUCCAGCAGCAACAUCAGCAGCAGCAGCAGCAGCAGGUACAUCAACUGGUCCAGCAACAGCAGCAGAUACAACUGCCCCAGCAGCAGCAGCAGCAGCAGCAGCAGCAAGUAUAUCUACUCCUACAACAGCAACCGCAAGGACAAACACAACUGCUGCAACAGCAGUCCAGGGGCCCAACCAGAUCUUCGGCACAGUCCCUUGCCACAGGUGUUGGCAACGGCAAUGAUGAUGAUAAUGGUGAUGACAUCAUCGUGAAGGCGCAGCGACAUGAUGUGGCGGUACUGCCCCAAACCUCUGACUACCAGAGCUCCACCUCACGUCCCCGACGUCCCACUGAGGGCUCCUCUCAGCAGCCACUCCAAGCCAUAGUGUCGCCUCUACUGAACCUCAAUAAGCAACAGCACCUGGAAGUUGACGAUGUCACAACAGCCUCCUUUAGACACACGCUGUCCAACAUCCUAUCUGGCCUCACCGAUGGUGCCAUCACCUCCCCAGAGGAGGUCAACUUACCAGACCCUGACCUCACCACUCUCCGCCGGAUCAACUUCUUCACCGCCACUGCCCCACGCCGCACCAAGGGCCGCACCCGCCCAAAUCUCACCACCAAGCAGCCCUUGGUGCUGCAGCAGCCUCCACAGACCACCACCUUCAUUGCUGUAUCUCCCUCCAUAAGCAAAUCCCUCUCAGCUAAACAGACUCAAAAGUCCACAGCUCCCCAGCAAACCCUGAACACUGCCAUCCCCCAAAAGCAGGCCAGCCGUCAGCAGAGCCAGCAGAUCAGUUCACAGCACAGAGUACAGGCAACUCCCCUCUUCGAUAACACUUUCAGCCAUGGAAGCAUCGGGAGUGGUGGUUCAAUCAAACUUGAGCAAAACCUUGGGGGCGGCGCCACUUCCCUUAACUUUGGGUCGGUGGCACAGGUGACCCAAGCCCAGCAGCUUCUUCCUUCGCAAAAAGCCAGUCCUGCUGGCCCUUCCCUCACCUUCAAGGGUGAGGUGGGUCUCGCUCCCUCCCUGGAUGCAGACGUGCCUCCCUCAACCGUCGUUGCUAGUGAGCCACAAAGUUUAGGAAAGCUUCCAAGCGGUGCACUAGCCACUCUGUCAGCCACUGCAAACACCCUGCCAGCACAGACAGACACACUUGAAGCGGUGGCAAAUGGUUUCUUGCCUAGCUCCAGCGCGUCGCUACCUGCCACAGGUUUCUUGGUGCUGGAUCCCGCCUUCAGCCAGCAGUCAUCGGGCGUCACGCUUGCAGAUGUGGGGAUUCUGGAACAAGGCGGCUCCCCUGUGGUUAGCGAGGUGGGGAGCAGCCACCAUGGCUUUGGAAUCCCACUGCCUGGACUGGAGAAGUAGCUCCCCUCUUCCCUCACUACCACAUAUUCACACAGUGUCACUGUUCCAAUUACCAGUAAGGGGGAUUAGACAUGCCAGUGUUCCUCCAGCCCCAUCCCUGCCACAAAGGACACCCCAGGACAGUAAGUUAAUUGACUUCCUGUCCUUCCUGAUAACCCAGCACACCAAGGCCUGGCUCUGAACUCACCAAAAAAAUAAAGCUACAGCUGAUAUCAAAGAGUUCUGCUACAAGUACAGAUGAGGCACUACUUCCCUCAUCCAGUGUUGACCAGGCAAUGCUGCAGGACUUGUCCAUCUCAAAGGAACACAAUGCAACACAGAGGAAGAACAAACAGCACCAGACCAAAUGAUCCUUACGAGGCUACUGUGAUAAGUUACACUACCUAAUCUUGCUAUGGGAUGUAGGAUAGUGAAGAUGAAGGCCCCUCCCCCAACUAACCUUCCUUUUCUAAGUCACAGCACCCUUAAUCCAGCCAGGCACAUGACACAGAUGCACCUCACCACUUCCCUCUCCCUUUAAAUGUGAAGGGCCUUGAAGAGUCCCUUAGCUAAGGACCUCGAAGGAUCCCCUAAUGUGGCACCAAAGUCAUGCCAGUUACCAAGGACACUACACAACCUUGUACUGUACAUGUGUGUGUGUGUGUGUGUGUGUGUGUGUGUGUGUGUGUGUGUGUGUGUGUGUGUGUGUGUGUGUGUGUGUGUGUGUGUGUGUGUGUGUGUGUGUGUGUGUGUGUGUGUGUGUGUGUGUGUGUGUAUUGUUGUUAUGUUACUAUUGUUGUUGCUGUUCUUCAAUUACACACAAAAUGAUAAUAAAUUUUUUCAUGUACAA